CACCUGUAAAUAAAAGUCUUAAAACCCUAAACAACUUGGCAAAAAAUCUGAAAAAUUAAUCAAAGAAGAUGUCAUACGACGACGUAGAGAUAGAAGACAUGGAAUGGAACGAAGAACUGAAAUCAUUCACGUACCCCUGCCCUUGCGGCGACCUAUUUCAGAUCACAAAAGACGAUUUGAAGAUCGGCGAAGAAAUCGCUCGGUGCCCUAGCUGCUCUCUUUAUAUCACUGUUAUAUAUAACAUGGAAGAUUUUAUUGAUUCUAAAAUCGAUCCCAAAAAACAACAGCAACAAAAUCAGCAGCAGCCUGUUGCAGUUGCUUGAAUAAUGUUUAUUGGAAUUCAGUAUUUUUGUGUUUCUUGUUAUGAUUGAAAUAUAUUAUUAUUGGUUUUUUGUAAUUUUGGAGAUUGUAAUUUGAUACACAUGGUUUUGACUGGCAUUUCAAGUUCUGAUUUUGAGUGA